AUGGCUCAAAGUUCAGUAGAUUCUGAUAGAUUAUCAUCAGCUGGAAUUUCCACACACAGUUCAGGAACUGCUGGUCCUGUGGGUGGAUCUGUGGUUGGUGUAAGAGCUGGAGAUCAAGGGCAUAAAAGAGAGGAUGAAGAUGAUUAUUUAGGACCAUUACCUCCAAUGUGGGAAAAGGCUUUUACACCUUCAGGAGAGAGGUAUUUUAUAGACUACAACACUGGUACAUCACACUGGCUAGACCCCCGUCUUGCUAGAGUAAGGAAGCAUUCUUUAGGAGAAUGCGGUGAAGAUGAACUUCCAUAUGGGUGGGAACGGGUCACAGAUGAAAGAUAUGGAUCAUAUUAUGUAGACCACAUCAACAGACGGACUCAGUAUGAGAAUCCAGUGCUUCAAGCUAGGCGAUUAAGAGCUGAGAAGUUAGUAGCUGAAAACAACAACAAUAAUCAAUCAAAUGGUACUACGCCCACUGGGGAGUUACGUGGCGAAAGAUUCUCACUUACUCUUACUAAAGGAACACAGGGUCUGGGCUUCACUUUGAUUGGUGCUGAAGGAUCUCCAGAGACUGAAGGAUAUCUCCAAAUAAGGAGCAUUGUACCACACAGUCCAGCCUGGAUAGAUGGUGCGUUAAGGCCCGGUGACGUAAUAGUAGGCGUGGGCAAUCGCGGUGUGCGUGGAUUGUCGCACGCGCAGGUCGCACAGAUUUUCCAGGGGAUAGCGGCCGGAAGUGACGUCGCAUUGCAUUUUGUUAGAGGAUAUCCUCUAUCAUUUGACUCUGAAGACCCCAACACUAGAGUGCUUAGUACAUUAGCAGUAGAUGCUAGCAGUGAUGCAGUGGCCAUGCAGCAAUUAACUAGGGCUUUGCGGACGAGGUUUAACUUAGACUCCCCUAACGAUCAAAGUCGCGACGAAACAGAUAACUCAUGUGAAGUCAAUCCAACUCAACGCCGGCUUUUAUCCCGUAGUUUUGACCUGGAUGAAAUUCCUGCAACGGAAGCGAACUCACUACCACCACGAUGCCCAUCUGCUGACCAUUUACUCACUUUGGCUACUGAUCACCAACACCGUAGUGUGACCAAUGAACCCGGGCGAGAGCUUGUAUUGACAUUGAGGCGUGGUGCAGCUGGAUUUGGUUUCACCAUAGCUGAUAGUGUCCAUGGACAGAAAGUCAAAAAGGUGUUAGAUCUCGGCAGAUGCGCGGGAUUGCGGGAAGGUGACUUACUUCUUCAAAUUGGAGACACAGAUGUACGUCAUGUUCCACAUCAACGUGUUGUGCAGGUGCUAAAAGAAUGCCCAGCGAUGUCAGAAACCACACUGCGAGUGUGGAGAAAGAAUACAAUAACACGAGCACCCAGAAGUCGAUCUGCUACAAGAGUUCAACCAGCUAAUACAAUCGCAGUGAAUUCUCAGCUCGGUAGAAGUAAAACCCCAACAGCUGAACAGCUUCGAUCACCUGCCGUUGCAGCUGACACACGCCGGCAAAAUGAAAUGAAUUCAGUUGAAGCUACCUACGCGGUGCCUGAACACAAAUCACGCGAAACCCGCGAAAGCAUCAUGGAAAGACGGCGCAGAAGUUCGACGCCUGGGGCCAGACUUACCCUGCCGGUAGUCACGCCUUGGAGUGAACAAACAGACAACUGGACCGAACGAGAGACCUGGAUAGAUAAUUCCAAUAAUAUACGAAAUUGGGCUGAAAACGCACAAAAGUGGGACGGUGCGAGCCAAAAGUGGGACGGGUCGAGUCAAAAGUGGGACGGCUCGAGCCAAAAGUGGGACGGGUCAAGUCAAAAAUGGGAUGGAUCCAGCCAAAAGUGGGACGGGGAAGGUACUAGUAAUGGGAAUUGGGAGGGUAACGGUGAGAGGUGGAAUAACAACUGGGGCGAAGUACCUACACCAACAGUUCACGUUGAUAUGAACGCUGCCUACUGGAGGGGAAAUGCGAGUGUGGCAGAUAGUAGCGAUAAUGGAGGUUUUCCCGAAGAUGGCUUACUUCACUCUCCAACAACAGCAGCUAUCGGUGGUAUGUCCCGGCAGUCACCGUCUACUAGUCGCCUUAGACCACACUCACCAGCUAACUCUACAGGUCGACUACGCAGUAAUUCACCAUCGAACACCAGCGCAACAGACAGACUUCUCAACACAUCACCUUCAACGAGACUUCAAAGUCAAUCUCCUUCAAAUAACUCUUCUAACGGAAGAUUGAAGGGGUCACCACUCAGGCUCCGCGAUCCAUCUCCAUCUCGUCACAUCCACUCGCCCGUUUCACACAGAUCAGCGUCCUGCUUCGACGCCGACAUGCAGCAAUCUGGAUAUGUCGCUAAUUAUCCCCAGGUCGAAGCUGGAGGCUCAACUGACCCCGAAGCAGAUGUCCUUGUACGUCUAGCUCGCGGCAGUGCAGGGUUUGGAUUCCGUAUUGUUGGUGGCACCGAAGACGGCAGCCGCGUAGCGGUGGGUUAUGUUGUACCAGGUGGUCCAGCCGACGGACUUCUACGCCCGGGAGAUCUGUUGACAUCAGUAGAUGGAAUUCCUCUAAGUGGCGCUACACAUGCGCGAGCGGUGGCCUAUGUAUGCCAGGCUGCGUCUAGAGGACAUGUGACAUUAGGCGUGAGACACAACAGAGCGGAUAUUCAGCCUUUGGGAAUUCCAGCUGUAGUACCUGCUCAUCAACACCAGCCGUUGCUUCCGGCUGAACCUCCGGUGGCUCACGUACCAGCUUCUUAUAAUAUUCUUCACCCAGCACCCAUGUACCCACCGGCUGCACCUAUGUACGGCGUCCAAUAUGAGGCAGGCGGUGGUUGGACAGUGCCGUAUGACGUCACAGUGACGAGAAACGAAGGAGAGGGCUUUGGAUUCGUCGUUAUUUCAUCUACCAAUAAAGCAACAAGUACAAUAGGUCAACUAAUCGCCAAUUCUCCAGCGGCUCGCUGCGGUCUCCUUCACGUUGGAGACACUAUAGUGGCUAUCAACCACUUACCGGUCCGUAACCUGCCUCACCCCGAAGUAGUGGCCCUCAUUAAGAGAUCAGGCACCACUGUCACCCUCACGGUAUUACCACCGGACUGA